UCACCGACACCAAGCAAAAGGCAGUGUCUGCCUCAGAAUGCUUCCAACCUAUGGAGAAAUGAGCACUGUAUCACAGAACCAUAUUUAGCCUUAUGAGGAGGAGAAUGUGUUUCCAUGAUCUUUGACAAUAUUUUUACCUGCCCUUCAGUUCCCCACUCUGUGUGAAGUUCUCGCAACACUGUUAGGAUUGAACCAGUGCAGAUUCCUAGCUGCCGCAGGUGCAGCAGCAGCAGCCGUCUGAAUGGCUCUUACAGGAGUAAAGCUCCAGUGUUCAGCACAUGGUGCUCAGUAGUGUCAUCACUCUGUGUUAGAACAAUGCACACAACGCACUCCUUGAGAAAAGCUGUCUGUUUUCCUCCUACGGGUGUGUAUGACAGCCAGGAGCCUGGUGAAUUCCAGUUUAAAACCCGUGGAUGGGAGCUCAAGCUGGAGAGAAGGGCAGGUUGUGGGGAUGGGUGUGGGAUUGUCAGUGAACCAGCACACUCCCUGCUCACAAAGCCACUGUCUGCUCUUUGGUGGAGAGGCAGAAAUCUGUGAUUCCAUGUGCAUAUAUAUUUUAUUUACCCAGGUUGAAAGGAAGGUGCACAAGCUGCUUCACAGCUAUGUAUCUGGAGAAGAAGAAACAAUUGCAAUUGCUUUGUGUUAAACUUAGAAGAAAUCUGUGCUGAUUUAGGGACUCUUAGUAUGGUGCUUAAUUACAAAUAAAUACUUACGUUCAAAUUUCUUGGUACAGAAGACAGUCACAAUGCAAUUUUAGAGCACUGGAUUUCAGAAAGAGGUGUUGUGGGUUUUUUUGCCAGAAAGGCCAGGAAGCUGAAAGGAAAAAUGAGAAAAGUGAUCUGAGAAGUUACUCAACAUUUUAAACUGAAAAAAUGUCAUCAUCAGAGGAAGGUCUUGUCCAUCUGUUACACUUUUUAUGAAAGGUGAAUCUACUGGAGGGGAUAAACAAAGCCCAAGAGAAGUACACUUUUUUUUUUUUUGGACAAUCUGAACCAAAUCUUCUGCUGAGAUCACUGGACAAUCCCAAGAGAUGACUUGCAGAGGCUGUGUUUUGUCUCCACUGCUGCCUUCCCUGCAGCCACCAACCGAUAGACAGGAGCCACUCCGCAGCACACCUUUGAUUUCAUUUUGCUCAGGGUGAGCUCACUGAAGGCAAACCCACCGACCCACUUGCAGUGAGCCUCCUGCAAAUCUCUCUGCACUGUAACCAGUCUUACUCACAUCAUGCCUGACUCUGGGUCCCACCACGCACAGCACUGCACUGGGGGGAAAGCACUGCUGCUCUGGGGGAAAACAAGGUGCCCUGGGACAGGAGGAACAAGUGGAGCCCUGGUGGAGCGCCAGAACCCAUGGAACAGCCCUGGGGGCCCGGUGGCACCUGUGUUGUGUCACAAGGCCCGUGCAGUUCUGGAAGCCCCAGGGGUGCCCAGCGCAACCCGGAGUGCUGGACAGCCUGCAGUGGCUGACUGAGCCCAGAGCAGCAUGGAGUUCCUGGGGACCAAACAGCUAGCCAGUUACUGUGGCCCCAAGAAAAGCUGCCUGCUCCCAGAUAUAGCUACCACCACCACCACCAAGGACACCUACCAGGACUACUACCUUCCAGGCUACCGCCACCUGAACACCUGACAGCCUGGUCUGUGCUGCAAGGUGGUUUCUGUCCCCCCCAAGGGUGACAAUGGGCAAUUUAACCCCAGUAGGCGGCCACCCACCGUCCUGCCUGGGUUGUGCUCCAGCCUGCAUGCCCGCUACAGCACUCGUGACUGGCACCACACUAACAUGGUCCAGCUAAAAGACUCUGAAGCCUCCAGGUAUUCUGCUGGUAGAAUGAACGGGGAUUCAGUAAGACUGAUGCAAGACAAGGAUCAACUGACUUGCCAGAUGCAAGAAGACAGCCAAAGAAAUCUGGUAGAGAGGAUCUCCAACACUGAUUACUGGCGAUCUGAGCUCAUGUAUGAGCUAGAGUGUCUGCUGAAAGAGAACCAAGCCUUGGAAACAACAAAGAAGCGUCUGGAAUGUGCUGUGGAUGAACUGCAAGGACCACUGAAGAUAGCCCUAGAAUGCUUGUACCACCGUGAGAAGAGAAAGGGCAUAGACUUAGUUCAUGACAAUGUGGAAAAGAACCUCAUAAAGGAAACUGAUGUACUGAAGGAAUGCCAAGAAAUACUGAAAAAACUUGCACAGAAAAUCAGUCAACAUCUGGGCUUUUGGAUCUGUUGGCUGUAUUUACGCCAGCACUAUUCCCAUUGUUAUGUAGUGUUUUAUACAAAAGCUUACAAUAUUCCCAAAUCUGAACCCAAUCUUUCCUCUUCUGAUAUGCAUGAUGAAGUGUGCAAUGAAGGUAUUUUUCCGGGCCCAAACUAUAUCAGUACUUCUCCUCAGUAUGAACCUCAGUCGUCCCCUAUCAGUAUACACAACAAAGGCACUAAAGUUACUCUUCCCAAUGAUUCUAACUCUGCUUCAGUACUUCAGGAAAUCUUCCAGACCGAAGAUAGAAUCAUGUUAUUGGAGAGAUCCAUAAAGGCAAAGGAGUAUCCACUGGAAGUGGCUCAGACCCUCCUGGAAGGAUGAACCAAACGACCCAACAUAGAACUCUGCCAUGAUGCACCUCAGUUUCAGCUUAUGACUGAAAUUUAUACUAUAGAUAACACCAUACAGACCUUAAAGCAACAUCUGCAAGAAGCUCGUGAUACUCUGGACAUGCUGAUGGGCAACAAAUCAAACCUGGAACAUGACAUUGCUGUGAAGGCAAACUCCCCCUACAUUGACAAGAAGUGCAUGGACAUGCACAAAGUCUUCCCCAGCACCCCACGACUCAUUGGUUACACUGGAGUUGUAACCUUUAAUAACAUAAAAGUCGCAAAGGUGCAAAUAUUUCCUGAAGAAAAUCAUUAGUAUUCUGUUUCCUCAAGUAACAAAGCCAAAUAGAAAUAAACUUAUUAAAAUUA